AUGAAUGUUCCUCUUUACCUUCUGACCUUCGCUCACUUAAUUUGCACCGCUGCGGGAGCUCAGCACGUCUCUUUGGAGCGCCAACUUCUGGAGGAGGGGAUCCGUUCGGGACGCAGGACUUGCAGACUCUACUGUAGGGUUGGCAUCGGCUUCCAUCUCCAGAUUCAUCCCGACGGUAGAGUCAACGGCAGCCAUGAGCCCAACCAGCUGAGUGUCCUGGAGCUCUUUGCGGUUUCUCAGGGGGUCAUCGGUAUCAAAGGGGUCUACAGUAACAGAUUCCUGGCCAUGAAUAAAAGAGGACGGCUGCACGCAACUGAACAGUUCACGGAUGACUGUAAGUUCAGGGAACGUUUCCAGGAGAACAGCUACAACACUUAUGCCUCAGUAAUCCACAGGAACCACAGGACAGGUCGCGAGUGGUUUGUGGCCCUUAAUAAGAGGGGGAAAGCUAAAAUGGGCUCCAGCCCCCGGGUCAAAUCCCAACAUGUCUCUACCCACUUCUUGCCCAGGGUCAGCAUGCACGAUAAGGGCGAGCAAGGCUUCACCAUCACAGACAGGAGCAAAGAGAGGAGGAAAACCCCACUCCCACCACCUCCAAAGCCACCCGCGGCAAAGGCAAACAUCCAAGCAGGAACCACACCGAGGCAUACGCAAGUCAAGUACUGGCCCAAGUACAGGUUUGGAUAG